CCCGACGCUCCUUACACGGGACGUCGUGGUAUGAGCUCGCGUUACCUCCCCAGCACCUUCCUCCGUUGACACGCUCGUCAUGCCACACCGCGCAGAAUACCAGCCACUUGCUCAGCAUAUCGACGACGACGACGACGAAGGCGACGUCUCCGAUGUGUUGCCAGCCCCCGUCACAGCCCCCUCUCGCCGCGGUCUGCGGCUCUCGCAGCGUCCGGGCAACAUCGACCUGAAGAAGCUUGACCAUGCGUUCAAGAGAUGGACGGAGUCUAUUGCGCAGAAGGUGAAACGGAAGAAGAAGGUCGAGGACAAGUCGCGGAAGGAGAUUUGGCAUAGCGUGUUCGCACCUCAGAUAGAGCCGGUUCCCACAGAUAACGAUAUUCCGAUUAAAACCCUGGACCACAAGCCGCCUAUGAUGCACGCGGACUUUCAGAAGCUUGUUGACGCAGUGAAAGAUGCCAUAACAGACGGCAUACACCCCAAGAUGAUCACCAAGGGUUCCUCAGGGUCGUACUUUGCACGAGCUAGGAGUGAUGGCAAGGUUCAGACCGUGGCUGUCUUUAAGCCCAAGGACGAAGAGCCGUAUGGCGACCUCAACCCGAAGUUAACCAAAUGGCUACACAGGCAAUUUAGAUGGAUCAUACCCUUUGGCCGAGCAUGUCUCAUCCCUAAUUUGAGUUAUAUCUCCGAGGCUGCCGCUUCGCUGUUGGAUGAACGUCUCGAAAUUCAUAUAGUCCCUCGGACAGAGCUAGUGCCACUGUCAAGCCCGGCCUUCUAUUAUCACUGGCUUGACAGGAAUGCUGCGAAGAAGGGUAAACCUCUACCAGAAAAGAUUGGAAGCAUGCAGUACUUCCUUCAUGGAUACACAGACGCAUCUGAGUUCCUGAGGAAGCAUCCAUGGCCAGGUCGCGCAUUAACAGAUACAUUUGAUGAUGACACGCACCGUAGAGGUAAAUGGUCGAAGAAGUUUUGGGCAACAAUGAAGAUUGUUUGUGGGAAAACGGGCACGGAAGACGAAGGCUGGGACGAGGAGGAACGAGAAGAGGAGCGGAUGCUCUUUGAUGCGACCGAGAACGUCUCUGCCGCUGAGGAUUUCUACUGGACACCAGCUCUGCAAGACAACUUCUGCGAAGAGCUAGAGAAGUUGGUGAUUCUGGAUUACCUGAUGCUCAACACGGACCGCGGAGCAGACAACUACAUGAUCAAGUUCUGCUGUGCGCCACAUGGGAAGUCCCUAGUUGACGUCGCGCCCUCUCGGGCUGGUGCCCGCGAGAUGACAAUGAUGGCAGAGCUUCGUCAGACGAGCACGCCGCCGAUGGGCACGCCACAGAUGACCGCAACCGCUUCCAACUCGAAUGCUCGCACGCCAUCAAUGUCGUACACUGGCCUUCAGCUCCCAUAUACCCAAAAGCCUCAUAUUCACAUUGCCGCCAUCGACAAUUCGCUGUCGUUCCCGCAUGAGCACCCGAAGGGGUGGCGGUCCUUCACUUACGGCUGGCUGUAUUUACCCGUUACGAUCAUUGGUCGACCGUUUAGCCAGAAGACGCGAGACCAUUUCCUCCCUCUACUCACGUCCAAGCAGUGGUGGUCGGAUACGACGUUCGAGCUGCGGAAAUUAUUCGCAGUGGACCCAGGGUACCAUGAGAAAAUGUUCGCGCGUCAAUUGGCAGUAAUCAAGGGUCAGGCCUGGAACAUUGUCCAGUCAUUGAAACAUGCAUACACAGGUCCCUUGGAGCUCACGCGACGGCAGAAAGUGCUGGUCUGGGACGAUGAGAUGGAGCUGACUGAAGACAACAUGCCAGCGAUCCUUAAUGGCCCAGGACUGUCCCGGUUGCCGCCGCUCUCGCCACGUUCGCCACGUUCGCCACACUCUCCCCACCCGUCCAUCAGCACCCUCCCAGAGCGUCCUCGCUCACGGCGGAGCAACAGCGUGACGGAUUUCCCCCCGCCGAUGCGGCGCGUGUCGUCCGAACACUCGCGUCCGGUGUCCUUCAGCGCCAAAUUCUCGCGCGUGCACCCGGCGACGACGGGCGUGACGGUGCUCGAGCACAUGGAGCGGCUUGAUCAGGUCGAGGCGGGCCUCAAGCGGCUCGUGCUCGAAGAGGGCGACGGCGAGGACGAGGACGAGGAAGAGAUCGACGUCGGGACCAUGCGGCCCCGGCAGCCGAAGAAAAAGCAGCAUGAGGCUGCCAGCGGCGAGGCAGCGGCGGCACAGCUUGUCAUGUCACCGUCGGCGCAGUCUGAGCGACUACCUGCCGUGCCUGAACACGAGGACGGCGGCGCCACGGCGGUGGCGGCUGACGACGCGAACUCCAUCACGGAAGAAGACCUCGUUGCAAUGUCCAAGUCAAUGUCGCACAUCGAGUCGACAUCGCCGCAUGCGCGCUGGAUGAGUGCUGGCCCACGCGAGCGGGCAGACCUGGAUUGGAUGGAUGUGGAUGCCGCGAACAGUCCCAGAAGACGUGUCGUCAUCGCGGAGCGUCUGGAAACUGUCGAUAUCAACCCAUUCUUCUCAUGCUGGUAAUGAUGCCAACUACCUAGUCGUCCGGACUAUAUCCUUGUUGUACAUUUUCAACUGCUUGGCGAUCGGUAUAUCAUAUAGACAAACUGAACAAUGUAUCGCACGGAGGAUGUACGUGUCGAUAGAUAAAGCGUAACUCCGCAACGUCGCGAGAUAAGUGUUCAGUCGCCCUCGGCCAUAAGCCAUUGUGCGAAAUCGUCGAGACGCUUCUUCUCGGCUUCAUCGCCUUCGCCCUCGACCUCGUCGUGUGCACCACUACGCUUGAAGCGCUGCUUGCCGGUAUACACCGAUGCUUCGAUUCGGCGUCCUGCGAAGAAUCUGCCGUUCAUUCGCUGAGAAAGUGUUAACAUCC